CUAUCCUGCUGCGCGGUCUUACUCUCGAGGAAGGGCCUCGGGGCGCCUUUGGGUUGCUCCACCUCCCAUCCUAUCGGGAGCCACUUUUGAGGAGGGAUAAGAAAGUUCUCUAUAGUCUGUGUGAAAAAGAGCAAAGUUAAAAGAGAUCCUGCACACGAAUCAAAUUCCACUGCUCUCCAAAGGCUUUGGCUGGAGUCUUCUCCAGCAGAACUCUCACCUUAUCGCAGCCAUGUUAACAGCAGGAUGAAACUGGAGGCUGUUGUGGAGCAGCUGCAAAAGCAGAAGCAGCAGCAACAGCAAGCGGCCCCUCUGCAGAUGGAUUCCAGGGAGAGGCAACAGAGGCAGAUGAGGGAAACCCAGUUGCAUUAUGCCCAGCAGCUGACGGUGCAGCAAGCUGCUCUCGGUGCCACAUCUGGAAAGGCUCCAGGUGGCCCCCUCCUUGGUCCUUCUGCUCGAGUCCCACCUGUGCUUGGGGCUGCCCAGACGUUUGAUCAGAGCAGUAUGAACUCGGAGGAGGAGGAAGAAGAGGAGGAGGAGGAGGAGGAGGAGGGAGGAGAAGAAGAUUUGGAAGAUGGUGACCUUGAGGAUGACGCACCAAGAACUGGGAAAGAGUCAUGUUCCGCUUUGAAGUAUUUUCAUGCUUCCAAAGUUGCCCCCCACAACCAAAGAGUGGCUUCUUCCUCUAAUCCUCUGCCUAUUCUAGGGGGGCAGCGGGGACAGCAGGGAAAGGAUGAGCAGGGUAAUGUGUCUGCCAACCCUCCAUAUUGUGGUUCAUCAUCUGGAAGGCAGGCCUGGAGGCUGGAUGAGCAACUCAAGCAGAAUGGGAGCCUGAGCUGGAACGAAGAAGCUGAUGGCAGCAGAGGAAGAGAGGUAUCCCGAGACUUUGCCAAGUUGUAUGAACUGGAUGGUGAUCCUGAACGGAAGAAGUUCUUGGAUGACCUCUUCAUUUUUAUGCAGAAGAGGGGGACGCCAAUCAACCGCAUCCCCAUCAUGGCAAAGCAGAUCCUCGACCUCUACAUGCUCUACAAGCUGGUGACCGACAAGGGAGGGCUGGUGGAAAUCAUCAACAAGAAGAUCUGGAGGGAGAUCACCAAAGGCCUUAACCUACCCACCUCCAUCACCAGUGCUGCAUUUACACUUCGCACCCAGUAUAUGAAGUACCUCUACGCCUAUGAAUGUGAGAAGAAGUCCUUAAGUUCUCCCGCUGAGCUGCAGGCUGCCAUUGACGGCAACAGACGGGAAGGCCGGCGGCCCAGCUACAGCUCCUCCUUGUUCAGCUACUCCCCUGCUGCCACGGGGCCUCCUUCACUCCUGUGCCCUCCAAAGAUCCGCUUCCCCAUCGUUAGCCUCACCCCUGGUGGCGGAACCAGCAACCCUCACCUGUCUUCAGCAGGCGCUCUCAGGAAAGGUGACGGCGUCCCCUUGACCGUGUCCACGCCAAACCGCAUUGCCAUGCCUGUGGCCUUGGCGAAUCAGCAGGCGGCUGUGACGGCAGCGGCACGAACCGCUACCCUGGACCAGCUGAGGGAGAGGCUGGAGUCUGGGGAGCCCGCGGAGAAGGUGGCGCGGAUGACGGAGGAGGAACAGCGCUUCAUCCAGCAGGCCUUUCAGCGGAACCUCUUCAGCAUGGCCCGGCAGCUGCCCAUGAAGAUCAAGAUCAACGGCCGAGAGGAUAAAUCAGAUUCAGCAGCGACAUCAGCAGCACUGAACUGGACCCCGUCUGGCUUUGGAAGCAUUAAUAUGUCUGUGGAAAUCAAUGGCACAAUCUAUGCUGGGGUCUUGUUUGCCCAGAAACCUGUCGUCCACCUCAUUGCCGGAUCCAGCACGCAGAGCACCGGCGGCGGCAGCAGCAGUUCCUCCCACUGUUCUCCCAGCCCGACCUCCUCCAGGGGCACACCUGGUGUUGAGCCCUCAACCAGCUGGUCUCUCUGAGGGGGAAGCAGGGAGGAGGUGCUCUCUCUUUCCCUGGCCCCAAGCGGUCCUACCGGUGACCUCGCCUCGAGGAGCCCGCUUAGAAGACCAGCCAGUGGCAGAGAAGCAAAGAUCCUGUGCUGGCAAGGAUCCUGCCGAGGUGGUCUCUUGCUGCCCACCUCACCUUUCUUCAGGUCUUGCUGUGUCCUCGGUGGGAAAAGGAGGGCAGGGGACGGGGGUGGGGGGGCGGGAGGGGACACAGGGCGUGUUUCAAUCAGGGAUUCUCUGGACAGGCUGUGUGAGUUUUUGUAGAUGACUGAGCAUCGCCACUGUAGCAAAAGGCGAAGGCAAGAAACCCAUUUUCCAUGCUUCAAACGACUUUCCCCCCCUAACGUGACUGCAGUGUAUUGACAAUCCUACCCCCCAGAGGCAGGGGGGGAACAUAGCUCUCUUCUCUCAUAUACCACCCCCACAUCCUUGAAUUCCUCUCUCCAGCUUGCUUUUACACACAGACCCAUAUUUGAUCCCUCUGUAUGUUAAUGUGCAGGUCUUACUGGGUCUCUUUCCUCUUCCCAGUUAGCCAGCCUUGACUCAAAGGGCCAGUGCAUCUCCUGCCUCCCUCUCUCCUUCUGGCCUUAGGUUUGGCCUGCUAGCUUCUUCUGGAGGAGUCUUGACAGCAUGGAGGUUCCCUUUCGUGCUGCUUCUGCAGCAUUGAGCAAAGCGCCCCUGGGAGGCUGGAGAGGUCUCUGGAGGAAUCUGCACCAGCUGCCCUUCGCAGCUUUGCCCAGCCUUCCCUGCAGAACUGGGGCUCAGGCGCCAGCAUUGGCAGGUUCUUCCACAGCUUCACUCCUAUCCAGCCUCCCCAUGAGGUCAAGUUGUGCAAUUCUGUUUCUCCAUUCUUUCUGCCUCAGGGGUGGGUGGGGAUGCAUGGAAUUUUUUAAUUUUAUUUUAAAAACUCGUACCAGCCAGAAAGCUAAAGGUGAAAGUGGUUAGGGGCUCAUCUAGGUCAGGCACAUUUUAUGCUCCACCCACCCUUGCUUCCCUGUCCUCCCUCCCCCAAAUGUAACUGGGAUUGGGCACCUUGAUGCUGAAAGAACAAAGCUGUUCUUGCAUUGCUGCUGCCUGUGUCCACUCACUUAACACUUGCCGAGAAUCCUCUGUGAUCCCAGCCUAUCAAAGGCGGAUUGGCUGCUUCCUUGUGCAUUGGUGGGGCCAGCCCUAAUUGACUGCCCCACAGCCCUGGAACAACCAGGGGCUUCUGAGCACCUCCCCCCACACCUUCCCUUCUAAAAUCUUGAUGAGGGAGCCGUGUGUUGUUCCUCAGGACAGAUGAACUCCUCAAUUGCUUCCCCCUCCGGACUUGUGCACACACUUCGCACUUCCUUGUACCUCCCCCCUUGAACUUCUGCCUGUUUCUGCUUCCUCCUUGUAGCAGAAGCCCGCUGCCUGCCUGUUGCACCGGCAGCCCCCACCUCCUUGCCAACAGGGAUCCGCCCUCCCUCUCCUACCCUGACGAGUCUCAGUCAUGCUACAGUCCUGCAUCAGCUUCUCCUGAGCAGAUGAAAUACCUCAAAAAUAUGUACUUAUUGCUGUGUUGUUGUUGGGAUUUUUUUUUCUCUCUCUCUUCUGGAAGGAUUUGCAUAUGUUAAAGCUUCUUUUUAUAUGUCUUGUUGACUGCUUUUUAUUUUAAAUUUUAUAUAUUGUAGCACCAAAGACACACCAAAAAAAAAAGGAGCCCCCUGAGUUGAAGGAUCAGAAACCUUUGAUGUCCUCAAGAUAGCAUGGAAGCACUUGGCUCAUGGGGUAAUAGGUGGCGGUGGAAGAUGCAGGUUAAUUUCUCAGGCUGACUUUCUCUCUUUCCUUCUUGUUGGUUUGAUGUUGCUUUCUCCUCGAAGGGCUUAUUAGUUGUUCAGGAUUUUCAAAACAAUCCAUGUUAGGUGCAUCUCAGUCCCAAAACAGUAAGAGGACUUUGUUUCCUUAUUACCCUUGAAGUAAAGUCCUGUGCUGCAAUUCUGAUUAUUUCUGGCCUCUUGAGAGCUCGCUGGUUCUCAUGGGAUUCUAACCCAAGUCCUGCAUGGUAGGCAGAGCUCUGGAGGCAGCUAGGCCCUCUCGAAGUGCAGGUGUUUCUCUCCCCUCCCCUCUUUUUUAAAGGCUCCCUCAGAGGGAAAGCAGAACCCCCAGCUUGGAAAAGCUAGGCACAUCUGUAACUGUGAAGCUACUGGGAAUGGCUGAAGUGAUGUUUUUUCCCCCGGCUACACGAAAUAGAUUGGGGGACACACGUGCACUAAAUCCUCUUCCUUCCACGAUGUUGCUUUUGGAGAAGUUCCUGCAGAGGAAAAAUACACCCUUGGGAGGGAAACUAUUUGUAUUUGAAGGGUGCAUUUAAAAUGCAUUAUGAGUUAAUAAAUAAGAAUGUUCCUUUCUGGACACAUCUUUGAGCACAAGAAUGGACCACCUGAGAAGGCAGUAGACUCUCCUUGCUUGUAUGUUUUUUAAGCAGAGGCCGGAAAGCCACCUGUCAGGGAUGCUUUAGUUGUGAUUCCUGCAUUGCAGGGGUUUGGACUCGACGGUCCCAUCCAACUCCACAAUUCUAUUAGUCUUUGAUGGUGCUCGGUCCUGCAGGUUUUCUGUUUUAAAAAAAUACUGGAUUUCUAGGUCCAGUAUGUUUCUCCCAGGCGUGUUCCUCUGCAGUUACUUACCCAAGGCACUCCCAACCGCUGUGUAUGUGAGCAUGUACCACUGGGCCAAGGAAAUUGCUGUGGUGCCAAGUUCACCAAGUGACGCCACAUUUGUCCCUCCACCAAUCAGAUUUAUCAUAGGGAAUGUGAGCAAGAGAAGAUGCCAUUCCUGCUGGAAGGCCUGAAGUCUGCAACAGGGAGGUUCAGCUGACAAGCCAGAUGUGGCCUGCAAAGCAUUCUUACCUGGCCUGCAGUCACCCUGCCAAACUUUAAGCAAAGCAUUGUAAAAAGUCUAGCCUUUGUAGACGAGAAAGAGAUUCCACACUUCAGUGUUAUCUCUCUUCAGCCAACAGCUGCUUGGAAAAGCAAUGGGACACUGGAUGCUUUCCACCAGACCAAAACUGCAGAGAACCAAGUUGGUCCAUCAGAAUCUUCUUUUUAAAAAUGCAACAGCAGCAUAAUCCUGCUAUUAAAUUGUCACAGAAUACAAACAAACCUUGAAGGAAAGAUCUGCUGAAA